CCAGGCACCAUGGACUGGAAGACGCUGCAGGCCCUGCUGAGCGGCGUCAACAAGUACUCCACGGCCUUCGGGCGCAUCUGGCUGUCGGUGGUGUUUGUCUUCCGUGUGCUGGUGUACGUGGUGGCUGCAGAGCGCGUGUGGGGGGACGAGCAGAAGGACUUUGACUGCAACACCAGGCAGCCCGGCUGCGAAAACGUCUGCUAUGACAACUUCUUCCCCAUCUCCAACAUCCGCCUCUGGGCGCUGCAGCUCAUCUUUGUCACGUGCCCGUCGCUGCUGGUCAUCCUGCAUGUGGCCUACCGCGAGGAACGUGAGCGAAGGCACCGCGAGAAGCAUGGAGACCAGUGUGCCAAGCUGUACAGCAACGCGGGCAAGAAGCACGGCGGCCUGUGGUGGACCUACCUGCUCAGCCUUGUCUUCAAGCUCAUCAUUGAAUUUCUCUUCCUCUACCUGCUGCACACGCUCUGGCACGGCUUUGACAUACCCCGCCUGGUGCAGUGCGCCAGCGUGGCACCCUGCCCCAACACCGUGGACUGCUACAUCGCGCGGCCCACCGAGAAGAAGGUCUUCACCUACUUCAUGGUGGGUGCCUCGGCUGUCUGCAUCGUGCUCACCAUCUGCGAGAUCUGCUACCUCAUCUUACACCGGGUCCUGCGGGGCCUGCACAAGAACAAGCCCCCGGGGCACCGUGGCGCACAUUCCUCCACCUGCCGCUGCCACCACAAGCUCUUAGAGGCUGCAGAGGUGGGCCCAGGCCCCACUGAGGGCAAGCUGAAUGCCUCAGCACCCACUCUGACCCCCAUCUGACCACAGGCUAGGGAGAGACAUCAGAGCUGCCAGUGGGGACAGGCAGGGAGGUUUGGUGCUGGUGGAGGGGUCCUCCUGGUGCUGGGUGCCCCCACCUUGAGUGUACUAAGAUAUUCCAUUCUGCUUGGGCAGGUGAUUUCUGGGCACUUUGCAUGGUGCUGUCUAGCUCAGUAUAGUUGCACCACAAGCCCUCUGCCAGCCCCCCCCCCCCAGC